AUGGGUGGCCAUAACUGUGGACAUAGUGAAGAUGUUGGCAUUAUCUGCUCAGAAACAGUGAGAUUAGUAGGUGGUUACAGUCGCUGUGCUGGAAGAGUGGAGGUUCUUCAUGAUGGUCAGUGGGGAACAGUGCAUGAUGUUGGCUGGGAUUUGCCUGAUGCUGCAGUGGUGUGUAAAGAACUUGGCUGUGGAGAGGCUUUAACUGCACCAAAGGGUGCUCACUUUGGAGUCAGGCUGGUUGGAGGAUCUCACUGUUCUGGCAGAGUAGAAGUGCCUCAAAAUCAGAAGUGGAUGUCAGUGUGUGAUGCUGUCUUUGACCAACAGGAUGCAGAGGUUGUGUGUAGAGAGCUGGGCUGUGGGGCUCCUGUACAGGUGCUGGGAGCAGCUGCUUUUGGUAAAGGAGACACUCAGAUGUGGAAACAAGAGAUCCAGUGUAGUGGAGAUGAAUCCUAUAUAUCGUUGUGUCCGACAUCAUCAUCUCUCAAACAAAAUUGCACCCAUGAGAAUGCCAUUGGACUGUUAUGUUCUGGUUACACUGAUCUCAGGCUGGUAAAUGGUUCAGACUCUUGUUCUGGUCGAGUUGAACGUCAGUACUCCAGUAAAUGGGGCACAGUGUGUGAUGCAUGCUGGGAUAUGAGAGCUGCCAGUGUCCUCUGUAGACAGCUGAAUUGUGGGAAUGCGGUGUCUGCUGUGGGAUCAGACUGGUUUGGAGAGGGAAGUGGUGAAGGGUCCAUCAGGCUGGUGGGUUCUGGGGGAGACUGUGCAGGGAGGCUGGAGGUUUUUCACAGCGGCUCAUGGGGGACAGUGUGUGAUGACUCCUGGGAAAUUAAAGAUGCUCAUGUGGUGUGCAGACAGCUGCAGUGUGGAGUGGCCCUCAGUAACCAGCAGGUACCAGCCUGGUUUGGUCCUGGUUCUGGACCCAUAUGGCUGGAUGAGGUGGAGUGUGAGGGGAAUGAGACGUCCCUGUGGAGCUGCUCUUCUCCAGGCUGGGGAAAACAUGACUGUCAACACAAGGAGGAUGUAGGAGUCGUGUGCUCAGAGUUUAAAGAGAUCAGGUUAACUGAGGGCUGUGAAGGGAAUCUGGAGGUUUUCUACAAUGGAUCC